AUGUCACAUUCAUCAAACAACGGUGACGUGCCAACGCUGCAACAGGUGUUGCAGCAGUUGCAGCAGCAACAAACUAUUAUAGAGGAGCUGCAGCGACGGCUGCAAGAGCGCGAGCAGGCGCGGCCGCUUCAGCAGCCUCUCCAGGAGGCCGAAGAGCAGCCGGAGGCGCAACAGCAGCAGCAGCAAGAGGGCCAGGAAGCCCGCCAGCAGCAUGAGCAGCCGCUGGCGCAGCAGCAACAGGAGGCCGAGGAGCAGCCGCAGCCGCAGCAGGAGGCUGAGGAGCAGCCGCAGCCGCAGCAGCAGAAGCCAAGGCGGAUUA